UUGACACUGGCAGCGGCAGAGCGUGGACGCGAGUGCGAGUGUGAGUGUGAGCCUGACGGUGAUUUCGAAGCACAAUUCGAACUAGAUGCCGAGCUGGUGGAUCGUCACGCCAACGAUUUGAUCCACAUCGAUCAAGUCUUCGAGGAGCUGCGCCAGAAAAUGGAAGUGCUCUCAGUACAAAAUCAAUAUCAGGGACAAUUCGGUGUCAUCGGUUCAAGUAAAGUUAAAGACUGGACGAGUCCGUUAACACCACCACCACCACCACCACCACUACCACAACAUUCAUCAUCACAACUACAACCAACAAGCAACAGUCUCAGCAGCGACGACAACGUUGCGCAUAAACAACGCAACAGCAGCAACCAUCGGCGUGGAAGUGCCCAUCGGCCAACAGAGGACGAAGAACAGGAGCAGCUGGAGCUGUACACCGAGGACGCAAAAGAAGGUGGUGACGUCGUUGAUGGCGGCAAUUGGUCAGCGCCACAAAAGCAAACACAGCAACAACAACAACAACAGCAACACUUUUACUACAAUAAUCACCAUUACGGUGGCACCACCCACCAUACUUACAACAACUACCACCAACAACACCAACAUCACGCCAACAAUUACCACCACUAUCAAAAAGAGCAACAAUUACAACACAACAACCGCCAACAAGCAUACACUGAACAACAAAAGCAAGCAGCAGCAAAUCAACUAAAAUCACAACAAGCUAAUUGCGCAACAACAACAAUAACUAAACAACAGCCAAUGGAGGCCACCUACAACAAUAACAUGUUCUACUAUGAACCACCAGUAGCAGCGGCCAUCACCCCAACCGGCACCCCAACAUCGGGCAGCUGCUUUGGCAGCGCGACAACCGAUGUAGACAUAGCCGCCGUCAAUGAGCUGGCACACCGGGUGCAAACGGAAUUGCGAGACGCCAAGAAGCGCCACUUGGACUGCACCGAAGUCUCGCUGCCAUAUGAUCUCAUGCCGCGUAUUGCGGCCGAAAUAAUCAAGGCUUCGGAGCGGGAACCGUGUGGCGUGCGCGGCUGUUCGCUGUACAUCGAUUUCGAGUGUGAGCCGGGCAAUGUGAGACGCAUUGCCUCUUUCAAAGUGGAUGACUGCACAGUCUCCACCUUUGAACUGUAUCUCACACUCAAGCAAGACAAGAGCGGCUGGACAUCGCUAUUGCCACAAUUUAUCAAAAAUCUAACACGCAGCAAUACCAUUUUGAUAAGCCCCGAUUUCACGCUGACCAAGAACAAGCUGUACUCCUGCGAUUAGUGCGCUUAAAUAAGUUCCGGCUAUGCGAUUGCGAGAAGAGAGAUUUUUUAAAUAAACAUAACCUACCCAGAGAUCUCAUUUAAUCUCCUUCACACAAUCACAAAGAAAGCAUAAUAACUACAAACGAAGAAAAAGAAGAAAACAAAAUUAAACGAAGGGCAUACGAAUUUGGUCAAUUGCAAAUAAGUUCGAGUGUUGAAUAGACAACUAAUGGACUACUCAAAUAGUUUUUUUUUUCAAUAAACAUUAAACAAAUGGGCGUGGCUUUAACUACAUACAUACAUACAUACUUACAUAAAUAUAUAUAUAAAAAACUACAAAUGAAAACGUCAAAGAAUGAAGAUGAAGAACAACAACAACUACUACAACAAAACCAGGAACAACGCAUAACGAGAAUACUUUACUUUCUCAACAAUCCCUCCGAAUUUCAUUAUUUUUACUGGACACCACAAACAAACAACAACAACAAAAAAGUCGAAUGAGGCAAUAAAAAUAAUAAACGAAGUAAUGUGAGGUACUAGCAGCUAAACGAAACAGCUUGGGGAAAAAGCUGGAGAUUUCGCAUUGGGUAGAAUCGGAUCGGAUUGGAUUAACCACAGCUAUAAGCCCUAAAAAUAAAAACGGAACUCACCAUUUACGUUUUCGAAAAUGGUAAAAUAACAGCAAAAUAUCAGCAAAGCAGUUUCGAAUCAUAAACAUACAAAAACAACAACAAUAUGCAAUAAUCAAAAAUUUAAUCGCAACAAACAGCAAAUGUAAUAGCAGUAAAAACUAAAAAUUAUUUAAAGUUCAAAGCAAGAACUACAGCAUCAACAGUUACCGGCAAACUUAAAUUGGUUUGACAAGCAGGAAGCGAGACUAACCGAGCGGGUCGGGACGUACGCGUGCACGCUCGUUCAAGCUGAGGCACCAAAAGGAAGUCAAAUUAGUGUUAACUCCUUUUUUUUUGGAUAGCUGCAUUCGUUAAAUAAGUAGAAGAAUAGAAGAAAAAUACAACAUUUGUAAUUUAUAAAAUUAACUAUUAACAAAAACAACAAAAGUAGCAUCUUAUAGCGGACGCCUAUGCUAACGUCCAGCACCAAUGUAUUUAUGGUAGUAUUAUGAGAACAACAACAACAACAACAACAAACAAAUAACCAAACCAGCUAGCAAGCAAAGCUGAAAAAAACAAACUUUAACUUAUUUCCUUUUUCUAUGCAAUGAAAACAUUUAAUGGCGAUUUUUUCAUAAAUCUACAAAACAAAAAAAAAAAACAUACAAACAACAUAAUUUAUGAAAAAAUCAAAAAA